UAGCAUUUGCCCACUUCUGACGUCUACCACUGAGGAAGCGGUUUCCUUCUACACGAGGUAGGUGCCUGGACUCUCGCCAGGGUCUGGAACCCUCAGUUUGAGAGUCGAAUUGAGGGUUCGGUGUUCCCAAAGAUGCGACCGUCGUGGGUGGUCGAAAAAGUGUGAAUCUGGUCCGCAUACAGGCCGGGGAUUACUGGAUUUGGGGAUUAUCCGGGGACCUUGGCAGGGCAGAUCGAGCCGUGCCGACCGCUGCGGGGAGGUAGGUGAGACGAGCGCUGAUGGAUUGGGAGGGUGUUUGUUUCAGGCUUUCGCACUCUACGCCGUCUGUCGUUCCCGUCGUGCUGGUCAUCUUAGGGCGUGCUCCUUGUCCUUUCACCACCGACUUCCAAGCUGCUCUCAUAAACCUUCACGCUCUUUCAGUUUCGCUUUCUUUUUUCUCUUUCGUUUCGGCUCUUUAUUCGUCGCCAUGGUUCCAAGAAACUUGAAUGCUCUUCUCGUCGCACGACAAAGCGACGACUCAGAUUGCCCUCCUUGUCCCGACCCCCCUCCGUGCAAUUGUGCAGACAACGAGCAGUGUAUUGUGGUAAAUAGGGAUUGCUUCACUUGUAGUUUCAACAAGUGUAUUCCUCUCGCUUCCGACACCAAGUCCGGAGGUGUGAGUGCUGGGGCUGUAGCGGGUGCCGUUGUAUCUGCUGUAGUCUUCCUCGUCGCUGUCAUUCUCGCUUUCCUCUGGUACCGACGCCGUUCACAUCGUCGUCAAGCUGCUGCGCCUGCCGGGGAGUCCAAGAAGGAUGCCCCUGCGCGUGCUGAAGAUGUUCUCAAUCGACCUGAUCCUAACGAGAAACCAGUAACACCUUCUCCCGAGCAGCAGGAGACUGGCACGGUUCGCGUAUACGGAGGCAACUCGAUCACUACUAUUAAUCUCGACCCCGAAAUGCAAGGCAGCUCUGCAAUGGGUACUUCUGGCCACGAUGGCGUUCGUUCGUCCACGCAGUCCAAUCCAUUCGAAGACAACCAUUCUAUCCAGACGACAUCUACGGGCACUCGAUCUAAUGUUAUUCCUAUUGCCCUUGUCGCCCCAGGCUCCGUCUCCUCUGGUUCUGCUAGAUCGAAUCCUGUUCGCCCUUCCCGGGACCCUUCCCUUAACCUCAAUUUGGACAACAACAGUCCGCAGAGCGAAGCCUCUCGCUCUGGCCCGUCGUACGCUCAGUCGACCAGAUCUGGUUUCACUGCCUAUCGCAAUUCGUACAUGACCACGGGUAGUUACGCUAGCGACCUCUUCAGCGAGGCGCCUGUCAUCAUUACACCGACCCAUGGUACUAUAAAACAGGUUUUAGGUACUGCCAAGGCGGAGGUCAUCAGGACGUCACCUUCGUCUGUCGGCGAUGGCUUGACCCCUCCUGCUUCUGCAGAGAGCGGCCGUACGAACUUCGCCGUGAAUAAGCCUCCUGCGCGUUCUCCGCUUGCUGCAUCUAGCUUCGGUCCUGCAGAUGUUUUGCAGGAAAGCAAGGAGGAGCAGGGACAGGAUGUCUCAGUUGACAAUGGGCCAUUCGGCGAUGAGCAUUCUCCAUACAUCGUCAGCGGUUCACCUCAGCCAUCACCCGCAGCGAGUUCCAACAGCUUUGCGGUGCCAGAAGUUACCCCAAGCGCAUAUUCUUCUCAGGAAGACUGGUCGCCCAAUAGCCCUCGUCGUCCUUGGGAGGGUGGCAAGAGCAGACCUGAUAGCGUCAGUACUCAGGCUCAAUCUAUCAUCGGUGCAGAGUUUGGAAGCGCUACCCGCGUUAACGUUGGCCUCAACCACCUUUCCGCCAACAACACAGUCUCGUCACGCUCAGCCAACUCGGAUACCCUAGACACUCCCGUAAGCGCUGCCCUCAGCACUCCUCGUACUCCCUACCGAAUGACCAGUGGCAAAUUGGUUGCACCACAAACUGGACCACAAGCCGCUAGUUCCCCCACGGGCGGGGCGUUUGAGUUGCAACAAAGACGUGCGAUGGAGGAUCUUGAUGCUGCACAGAGAAUGGAUCGGUCAUCGGUCGUAAGCUCUGCAUCAACCAGGGCUGAUUCGAUAUUGGAAGGAUUCCCAUUCGUGCCUCCGUCACCUAUCAGUGACAGACCCAUACGCACCCCUCCCCGAUCACCGCUUGCUCAGCAGGCGUUCGCUAAUAGCAAUGCUUCUGCAGGGUCUCCUCCUCGAUCUCCCGUUCCUACCGCUCAGCCACCCGUUCAGAAUCAGGCGAAGGAAGAUGACAAGGCUCAGAAUGUGACCGUUCGCCAAAGGGCGCCGAAGAAACAGCCCAACCUUCCUCCUCCAUCGAUGAACCGUAAAGUUCUCGGUCUUUCUACGGCCUCUGAAUCAUCCACAAUGUCCAACGGCCUGGGUUCAUUCCCCUUCCAAAUUGAUUCGGGUGUUAGUAUGGAGAGCAGCGAGUCGAACAGCCCGCCAUCGAGCGUCAGUGGCAGACAGCGAGCGAGUUUGGAUACGCUUGCGCUUACGAGCGACUUGUCAAGUUACCCACUGGGCUUUGACAAGAACAUCAUGAACCACUAUCCCGGAGCGAAGCGUUAAUCCGACAGGAUCAUUACUACCUAUUGUUCGACCCCUCGUUCACGCCCCUUCAUGAUGUCGCUCCGUAUUUGCUCACGUCUCGUCACGUUCCUAGUCUCUGUGUACCUCUGUAGCUCUCGUAGGUAAAUCUCUUCGGUCAGGUCAAGAUCUUGUUUGCAUAUUGGGUGUACGUUAUCCCCCCCUGUCUCACUCUUUUUGGUAUUCUACCAGCCGUCCCUGUUCCGCAUACAGCUCUUCGUUGCUGCCUCUUAUCUCCGUGGCCCAUUCGCUUGGUUGAACCGCGCCACAAGCCCUUUGCUCUAUGUGUCCCUGUUCCCCCCUCUCCUCACACGCUCCAAAAAUUUCCCAUCUCUCCUCAGCUACGUACGUGCCCCCACAGUCUCGCACUCGUACCUCUCUUCCUUCACCUCCUUAUGCAUUCCUCUUCCCCUUCUGCCCAUGCUGUGUUACGUAGAUUAGGAUUUUUCGCUGGGUUGCCAUUGUGAAACGUAUUUAUUUUGAUUUUUCUUAUACCAUAUAACUUUCGUUGCUGGCAUAGGGUCUCCUCGCUCCUCUUUACCCGUUGGGACUGUCAGUUCACCAGUGCACUAUUAACUUUCAAGCAUCAUAGGAUGCUUUUGCCUUUUUUCUUUCUUUCGCUUUUGAUUGAUUUGAUCUUGGUGUAUUGGUGUAACACUGCGGUUCUGGUAGGGGUGAAUUCUCUGUGGUUAUUUAAUGCGAUGACGGACGCUUUUUUUUCAUCCUUUUCUUUUUUGUGUAGCACUGCGGGCAAUGUAUAUAGUCACAUUUGCGCUCUGAAUCGCUUGGGUUAGCAAGUUCAAAACUUCAAUCCUGUUCAUUCCGGACAU